AUGGAAUCCCAACCUCCGGCCACCGGCACCACCGCUAGGAACGCCGCUGAACCCGCACAUUCUCAGCCACAACAACCGCCACCCUCCCUCCCUGCAUCUUCUUCAUCAACUCCUCCCAUCUCAGCACCAUUCCAUCCUCUCCCUAACUCUAACCCUAACCUAAUCCAAACGCCAAACCCCAAAACCCCCACUCCAGUCCUCCCCCAAUCUCGUCCUCCCCCCUCAUUCAGCCGAAAACCGCCGCCGCCACAGCCCCAUUACUCGCACUUCUCAUCGAUCCCACCUGCCACUCCUCAAACAGCCUCAUCUUCAAUUUCCUCCGCUUCCGCGCCAAGAGGCGGAAUGACAAAUGGUGUACCUGCGCACCACCAGAACCCUUCCCCUCCGUUUUCUUCUUCCUUUGGGCAACAUUUAGGCGGAUUGGUUCGAUCGGAUUCUACCUCAAAUUCUAAUACCGCUCAGGUAAGAAUGCCAAUGCAAGGAAUGGGGGUGCUAGGGUCUUUUGGUUCUCAAUUUCGGCUAAUGCCUUCACAACUGAGAACAAUGCCUUCUCAAUUUCGGCCAAUGCCUUCACAACUGAGACCGGUUCAGUCAUCUCUUAGACCGCAACCCCCUGCUCAAAAUAAUCAACCUGCCGGCUCACAAAACUUCCAAGGUCAUGGACUUAUGAGACCGUCAUCUGUCGGAUCACCUGCAACUCCAUCUCCAAGUGCAUCACAAAGUAUGCAAUCAAUUAAUCAGCCAUGGUUGUCAUCUGGGCCACCAGGGAAGCCUCCUUUGCCAUCUCAGGCUUAUAGGCAGCAAUUGAACCCACAAUCCUUGCAGCAAAGGACACAUAUUUCUCAGCCGCAGUCCAUGCCAACAACUUCUCAGCAGCUGCAACCUUUGCCUACUAAUCAAGCCCAGGAGCAUUUUGGGCAACAAGUUCCAUCUUCAAGAGCUCUACAUGUGCCUCACCAGCCACAGGUUACGAGGCUACAGGGACCAGGAAAUCAGAAACCUUCGUCACUUGUGGCUGCACAAACUAAUGCAGUUCAACCAGGAAGUCAAAGCAGAUUACCUAAUGCUUUACCAAAUGCAGACCCAGAAGAGUUGGGUAAGAGUGUUCUCGGAAAAAGAAGCAUCCAUGAGCUAGUCAAUCAGGUUAGUCAAAAACCUCAUCUAACUCCCAAAAAACAAAAGCCAACCAAUCCACAACCUCAAAUAACAGAAACAGAUGUCGAAUGUCUGUCACCAAACACCUCCAAACCUGCAAAGAAAAAGAAGAAGUCGAAACCAUCGAAGACCUCCAAAACUACAAAGAAAAAGAAGAAGUCGAAACCAUUGGAGACCUUCAAACCUGCAAAGAAAAAGAAGAAGUUGAAACCAUCGAAGACCACUUCUCAACCAAAACCCAACAUUAUCAAAAUCAAGAAAUCAAAGCGUUGGGCUCAGAAAGUGAUUAACAUUGAUUAUGAGCCAGAUGCCAAUGCUGCGCUUGAUCAUGCUAAGAGUGAUAACUCCAGUCCCGGUGCUAAUGGGCCUAAGGAUGAUCAAACUGGUAGCGAAUAUUCCAACAUCAAAUAUGUUGUUCCCAGAAGUACUAAUUCUCCUUUAGUCCAUCCUAUAUCCAACAAAGGUUCAAAUAAAGGAUCUACAGGCGAAGUGAAUCAACCUGUUGAAGUUCAUCAAGAUGUUCGUCCACCCGCUGUUUCACCCAAAAAAUCUCAAACAUCCGACUCUGAAAGUGAUAGCAAAGAGAUAGAGCACAACAACAUGGAGAUUCCAGACACGGAAGAGCUCAAUCAAGAACAACCAAAUGAUUCUUCACCCAAAAUUCCCAAUCAUGGCGAAGACGGGCCAGAUGAUGAAGACGAACAUAUGUCUCACAUCUUUGAAGAUCCUCAAGGCGAAGAAGGACCUAAAAAUGACAAUGCCCAACUGGAUGUCACAACUGUUAUCAACCAACCCUUUGGGACAAUUAAGGGUUUUGAGGCCCCUUUGACUGUUGAUCCGUUGGAGAAGUUAGAUCCUGAAGUUGCAGACAUUCUUGGCGAUAUUGCAGAAAACUUUCUGGAGUCUAUAAUUAGGUCUGCACUUUUCACAGUUUAUAUCCAUCUUUUUGAGAAAAGUUGGAAUAUUACACUUCCUGAAUUCGGUGGUGAUGAGAUUAAAAACUACAGAAAACCACUUUCAACUGAUGUUCACAAGGAGCUCAUAGCGGCUAGAAAAAAAUCAAUGGUAGCAACUAAGGCUGCACAUCCUAGAGGCUCUGCUGGUCAGGCUUCUGGUAGUGCAAAGGGUAGUCAGGCAAAGACACCUUUCAAUGUCAUUGGUUCUUCCAACCUUAAAAAUUCAUAA